AUGCGCAUACCCGUGUCGACCAUCAUGCUCCUCGGGAGAUGGGGGAGCCGAGCAAUCGAGCGCUACGUUCAGGAAACCGAGCUCGAGGACCUCUACCCGGUCGCGCCGUCUGCGCCGCCUAUGACGCCGGCGCGGAGCCAGGCCAUCAUGGACACAGCCAAGGAGCCGGACUUACGACAAUGGACCUUGGUGCAGCCAUCGGCCGAACUACAGGAGCCGCCGGCCCAGGCGGCCAAGAAGCCCCGCACGGCCAACAGCGCCAAAGAGGACACGCAGAUCUCCUCGUGCGGUUGGGCGUACGGUUACGCCAAGUUCACCAGAGCCCACGAUGACGGCUCCAAGGAAUUGACGAAUCCACCGACAGCGCCAGCUCAUCUUCCAGCUGAGAAGACGGAUCGCUACGCAGCGCACUUUGCAAAAGCGCUGUUCUCGUCCGCGGGCGCAGCCGAGAGCCUCAGGAAGUACAUCACGAACAUCGGCGUGACCACCACCGCCAUCUUCGCCGAGCUUGGGGAGACGAUCGAGGACUUCGACGAAGCAGUUGUCGCGCAGCUUCGCAAGCCCGUGGACCUGCGCGACGGGACCGUUUUGGAACUGGCCGCGACAGAGUUUCCAGUGGCACGCGCUCGCCUCCGACACGUGUGGAAGAAGUGUCGUGAAGCACACACGACCGCGACGCCAGCAGCUACGGCCACGACCACGACGACCUCGUCUUCCUCCUCGACUAAGACGAAGGAGCUGCCUCCCGGAUACUGGCAACAACAGAUCAAGAAAUACGAGGCAGUCCAGAUCAAGGGCAUCGCGAGGAGAUUCCCCGAGACGCCACUCCUCGGCGCCGAGGCCACACUGGCUAAGCUCAUCGCCGACGCCAAGAACGGCCAACACUGCUCGGUGUCGCUGGAAGAGAUCGUGCAGGAUCGCCAUUUCAAGGCGUCGGGCGAGCCCAACAACCUCGCCUCCAAGAAGCGCUCUCGCACGCAGGAAGCGACGACUCUGGUCGUGAACGCAGACUUACAGUUGGAGACAGAGCCCGAGGAUCGCUGGCGCCCGCAGUCGCAGACGGCUCUUCUGGACUGCUUGACAGCCAACCACAUGGCGCUGAUAUUCAUCGAAUACGCGCCCGAGCACGACCUGGACCGCUACUUUGAGUACUGGCAACGCCUGGUACGCAGCAAGCCCAACAAGAUCGAACAGUUGAAGCUCCAUUGGGAGAACACAUCCUGGCGCAUCGCGCUGGCGCUUCGGAAAGCCACUCCCUUUAAGGAGAUCGUCGACGAGAUCAUCGUCGACAGCCAGGCCCUCCAGGACGCCAUGAACAGGGACAUCCAGCCUGAACGCCCGACCAAAGCGCCUCGCCAAACCGAGCAACCCUGGCUGGAUCGUCGCGGUGGCCGUGGUCGCGGACAUGGCAAAGGGAAGGAUUGGCAGCCAUACCGCUCCUACACCAAAGGAGGCGACAAAGGCAACGGCCGCGGCAGAGGCAAAGGUCGUGGACAGUGGCAAGGACAGCGCUACCAACGCCAGUACGACGAGGACAAGGACUACUG